AUGCAGCAGCCGAACUGGGGAGCACAGCGUCCGUGGUAUGCCGCCCACUAUGGAACAGACCCGGCCCUCAUCAGUCAAAUCCAAGGCUGGUUCUACGUUGUCGACACCGACAAGAGCGGGCAACUCGACGAUGCCGAGAUCGGUCGCGCCCUGGCCCAGGCCAACAUCACGCUGAGCCCGGCCACGCUGAAGCGCCUGGUGCAGACCUUCGACACCGACCGAAGCGGCCAGAUCGGCGUGCAUGAGUUUGUGUGCCUCUACCAGUUCGUGCUCUUCCUCCGCAACGCCUUCGCCUCGCAGGACCGCGAUCGCUCGGGCAAGCUCGACAACUGCACGUCCCCCCUCUCCUUCAUCAUGGCCCCUGCCCAUCUAAUCACCAAUGCGUGUCGGACUGAAAUCUCGGCGGCGUUGGUCACGGCUGGCUUCCCCUUGAGCCCGCAGGCUCAGGCUGGCGUGCUGGGCCGCUUCGACCCCAGGCACGCGGGUCUCACCCUCGACGGCUUCACCGAGGUGGCCCUCUUCCUGGGAGGCCUCAAGAGCUACUUUGACUUCUACGCCUUCAGCGCGGCCUCUGCCCCUCCCGCGCAUCAACAGCCCGGAGCGCCCGGCGUUGUCCAGCCCCCCAUGCCCGGAGCUCCCGGCGCACAGCCCGCCGCCUCCAACAUCUCCAUCAACUUUGACCAGCUCGUGGCCGCCACCCCCUACUUCAUGUAG